AUGUCUGAGGGCAGGGGCGCCAGGCCCGGUCCCGAUCCGGCGGACCGGGUGGUUAUUGGCAUCACUUUCGGCAACUCCAACAGUUCGAUUGCGUUUACUGUCGACGACAAGGCCAAGGUCAUUGCCAACGAGGACGGAGACCGACAGAUUCCCACCGUCCUGUCGUACGUCGACGGGGACGAGUACUACGGCGCUCAGGCCAAGGCUUUCUUGGUCCGCAACCCGUCCAACUCCAUCGCCUACUUCCGGGAGUUCCUGGGCAAGGACUUCAAGUCCAUCGACCCUACCCACUGCCAUGCCGCCGCCCACCCCCAGGACAAUGCCGGCAGCGUCUUCUUCGCCGUCAAGGACAAGGACGCCGAGGGCGAGGCCUCCCACGUCUCUGUGGGCGAGGCGGCCACCCGCUAUCUGCGCCGCUUGGCGGCCUCUGCCUCGGACUACCUCGGCAAGAAGGUGACGUCGGCCGUCAUCACUGUGCCCACCAACUUUGACGAGAAGCAGCGCGAGGCCCUGACCAGGGCGGCCAACGACGCCGACCUCGAGGUGCUGCAGCUCAUUUCCGACCCGGUCGCCGCCAUGCUGGCGUACGACGCUCGCCCCGAGGCCGUCGUCGAGGACAAGAUUGUCGUUGUUGCCGAUCUCGGCGGCACGCGCUCGGAUGUCGCCGUCGUCGCCUCAAGAGGCGGCAUGUACACCGUCCUGGCCACCGCGCACGACUACGAGUUCGCCGGCGUCCAGCUAGACCAGGUGCUGAUGGACCACUUCGCAAAGGAGUUCAUCAAGAAACACACCACGGACCCGCGCUCCGACCCCAGGAGCCUGGCCAAGCUCAGGCUGGAGGCCGAGGCCACCAAGAAGGCCCUGUCGCUGGGGACAAACGCCCAGUUCAGCGUCGAGAGCCUGGCCGACGGCCUCGACUUCUCGUCCACCAUCAGCCGCCUGCGGUACGAGAUGAUUGGCCGCAAGGUCUUCGACGGCUUCACCCGCCUCGUCGAGGGAGCCGUCAAGAAGGCCGGGCUCGACGUCCUCGACGUCGACGAGGUCAUCCUGUGCGGCGGCACGUCCCACACGCCCCGCGUCGCCAACAACCUGCGCGCCGCGUUCCCCGAGAGCACCGAGAUCCUCGCCCCGGCCACCAGCGCCGGCGCCGUCAACCCGUCCGAGGUCCAGGCCCGCGGCGCUGCCCUCCAGGCCUCCCUGAUCCAGGAGUACGAGGCCGGCGACAUCGAGCAGUCCACCCACCCCGCCGUCACGACCGUCAAGCACAUCUCCAACGCCAUCGGCGUCGUCACCGUCAACCCGGACGGCGAGCAGGUCUUCACCCCCGUCAUGCAGGCCGAGACGGCGGCUCCCGCCCGCCGCACCGUGCACAUUGCUGCCCCCAGGGACGGCGGCGACGUCCUCGUCAAGAUCGUCGAAGGCGGCACCCACAUCAAGGUCACCAAGCCCGAGCCCAAGCCCAAGGAACCCGUCAACGGCGACAAGGCGGGCUCGGACGACGACUCCGAUUUCGACUCGGAAGGCGACGACGACGACGACGACGACGACGAGAAGCGCGAGAAGAUUUGGAAGCUCGGCAAACUACUCGCCGAGGCUGCUAUCAAGGGCGUCAAGAAGGGCGGCAAGGUCGAGGUCACCAUCAACGUCUUGGCCGAUCUCGGCGUCACUGUGACUGCUAGAGAAGUCGGCGGAAAGGGAGGCGUCAGGGGCCACUUGGCUGCGUAG